ACCUUCAGCCCCUCAGACAGUUGGGGUUGGUCUCAUCUGGUCUCAUCACAACAUCAUCAGGGCGUUUCAGUCAACGCUCUGAAACACAGCAGCGGUCCCCCUUAUCUUGGAAUUGGUCCACCCUGAAUGGGACAGCAGUUCCUUUCCAUACAGACGGCAUGAAAUGUUAAAGUGGUAAAAAUGAACAAACCAAAAAUGGCCACAGAGAAAGGUGUUCCCAGUAACUCCAGGGUACUGAUGCUCCUUGGCCAACUGGAGAGGAUGAAUGGAGAGGCCAUGGUGAGGGAUGUCGAAACAGCAAGACAGAUUACUGCAAAGAUAUUUCAUCUCAUACAGACACAGGAGAAGAGCGGAAAAGAGGUGAUGUCCAAAGGCUCCAGUGGCAUGGAGGUCAUCCUGGCCUCGCUGGAGAACACCAAGGAUGUCCAGACUACUCUGAAUAUUUUGUACAUUCUCAGUGAGCUUCUGACAGUGGGCAGAGGUCGCAGGGUUGGAGUGUUUGUGUCUAAAGGAGGAACAGGAAUAUUAUUCCAGAUUCUGAUCACUGCCAGUAAAGAGUUGCCUCCUAGUGAAGAACUCAUGCUGCAGCUUCACUCACUGCUUGCCAAGGUUGGCCCAAAAGACAGGAAGUUUGGAGUGAAAGCCCGUUUAAGUGGAGCCCUGAACGUCACAGUCAACUUAAUGAAACAGAACCUACAGAAUACCAAACUGCUUCUGCCCUGCCUGCAGGUUCUCAGGGUUUACUCCACCAACUUGGUGAAUGCUAUUUCUUUGGGCAAGAACGGAGUGGUGGAGCUCAUGUUCAAGAUUAUUGGGCCAUACAGCAAGAAGAACACCAGCCUGCUUAAGGUAGCUCUGGACGCACUGGGAGCACUGCUCAAAUCCAAAACAAAUGCUCGCCGUGCAGUGGAUGGUGGACAUGUGCCUGUCUUGCUGACUCUGUACCUGGACUGGCAUCGUAAUGACACACGGCAUCGCCACAUGCUGAUCCGCAAAGGGCUGCUGGUCUGCCUCAGGAACAUCACCAACAUCAAGCUCGGCAGGAAAGCCUUUUUAGACGCUGAUGGCAUGAGGAUCCUCUACAACUCAUCCACCGAGUGUCUCCCAGUGCGGACUCUGGAUCCACUUGUCAACACUUCCAGUCUCAUCAUGAGAAAGUGUUUUCCUAAGAACCGUCUGCCUCUGCCUACCAUCAAAUCGGCCUUCCACUACCAGCUGCCACAUGUACCUGCUUUAGGGCCUGUGGCGCAGCUGUACAGCCAGCCACUAGGGGUGGAUGAUGUGGUGGAUGAAAGUGACGAUAACGAGGAGACUGAUGUGGACACAGAGAACGAUACUGAGAAUGAAGAGGACGAGAAGGAUCAACACGCUGCGAAUGAAGACAUAGAGACGGACCUAAACAAGCUACAUCCCAAAAAGAAUCCUGGCCGUCCGUUCGAGGAGUUGAGGGUCUAUGAGAGAUUUUUCUUGGAGCUUUCUGAAGACUUCCAGGGUUAUAACUUUGAAUCCUCAAAGAGUGCCUCUACCACAUCUUCAUCCUCAUCUUUCUCAUCGUCAUUGGCCUCAACUCGAUCCACUCGGCCAAUUAUAGUACCCACAGCUCAAGCCCUGUCCCCAAAGCACGCCCCCAUAUUGAGCUCCCAGGGGGAUUGCAAUGCUACCAAAGGACAACACACCCUGCCGUCUCCUUCAGCUCCCGCUCCUGCUCCUCCUGUUCCUCUUACACCUCUAGAACUGGACACCAUCCACCUCACCAAGGACCAAGACAAAAAAGAGGAGACCCACAUUCCUUCCCCUGACACACAUACAACAUUGUCAGAGCACACAAUAGAACAAGACCUAGCACAUGUGUUGGGCAGUGUCUCUUUUGAAGAGGAGGGCGCUCUGGUCAAAGGAGAUGGAGAAAAGGCAGUCAAACAAGAGGGAUCCCCAGUCAAUGCCACAAGACACAUACACUCUCCUCUGCUCUUAGGUGGUAUCUCUACUCGUCGCGUGGGAGGAGGGGGCAGUAACUGGGGUUCAGAUUGUGGCUCGGAGGGUGCUGAGGAUGAAGGAGGGGAAGGAGCAGUUCUGGAGGUGCCAGACACGGCGCGGCUCCUCCCAAUGCAUGACCCCGACCUCUACGUGGAGAUGGUGAAGGGAACACACUCGGUGCCCCAGUACGCUGAAGUGGCUUACCCAGACUACUUUGGCCAUGUGGCCCCAACAUUUAGGGAGCCCCUUCAGGAGAGAGUUUAUGGUGUUCAGAGGUCUAAGAUAUUCCAGGACAUUGAGAGGUUGAUUCAUCCUAAUGACAUUGUGGAUAAAGUAGUAUAUGAUCUGGACCUUCCCAGUUGUCCUGUGAUUGAAGACGAUGGCGAAUCUCUGAAGUUCAACUCUCAGUUUGAGUCUGGCAACCUCAGGAAGGCAGUUCAAGUUAGGAAAUAUGAGUAUGACCUGGUGCUGAAUUCAGACAUCAACAGUAAUCACUACCACCAGUGGUUUUACUUUGAGGUGAGCGGCAUGCGUGUUGGAACCACCUACCGCUUCAACAUCAUCAACUCUGAGAAGUCAAACAGCCAGUUCAACUACGGCAUGCAGGUGCUGAUGUACUCUGUGCAGGAGGCGAUCAGUGGCAGACCUCGCUGGGUCCGAACAGGAACGGACAUCUGUUACUACAAGAAUCACUUUGCUCGGAGUUCCAUUGCAGCUGGUGGUCAGAAAGGAAAAUCCUAUUAUACAAUGACCUUCAGCACAAGCUUCAGCCACAAGGAUGACGUCUGCUACUUUGCGUAUCAUUACCCUUAUACAUACUCCACUCUUAAGAUGCACCUGUCUAAACUGGAGGCUUUGAGGACCCCCCAGAUCUACCUGAGACAGGAUGUCCUGUGUGAAACUCUGGGGGGAAACAGUUGCCCCCUCCUCACCAUCACUGCCAUGCCAGAGUCCAACUCCAAUGAUCACAUCUGUCAGUUCAGGAAUCGUCCGUUGAUCUUCCUGUCGGCCAGAGUGCACCCUGGUGAGACCAACGCCAGCUGGGUAAUGAAGGGCACACUAGAGUUCUUGAUGGGCACUAGCCCGCUGGCAGCCAGCCUGAGAGAAGCCUACAUCUUCAAGAUUGUCCCUAUGCUCAACCCUGAUGGAGUUGUAAACGGAAAUCAUCGUUGUUCUCUGAGUGGAGAGGACUUGAAUCGCCAAUGGCAGAACCCCAAUCCUGAGCUCCACCCCACCAUCUACCACACUAAGAGCCUGCUGCAGUACCUUGCACAAAUACAAAGAGCACCACUGGUGUUUUGCGAUUACCACGGUCAUUCCAGGAAGAAGAAUGUGUUCAUGUACGGCUGCAGUGUGAAGGAGACAGUCUGGCAGUCCAACAUCAGUGCUACAUCCAGUGACUUACAGGAGGACCUUGGAUACAGGGCGCUUCCUAAGAUCUUGUCCCAGAUCGCCCCGGCCUUCAGCAUGGCGAGCUGUAGUUUUGUUGUGGAGCGCUCCAAAGAAUCAACCGCCCGCGUUGUUGUAUGGAGAGAGAUAGGAGUGCAACGCAGCUACACCAUGGAGAGCACGCUGUGUGGUUGUGAUCAGGGCAAAUAUAAGGGUCUUCAGAUCGGCACCAGAGAGCUGGAGGAGAUGGGAGCUCAGUUCUGUGUGGCUCUGCUGAGGCUGAAGAGGCUGACGGGGCUCCGCAAUCACCAACACUUGCUGGAUUUAGAGAGCGAUAUCAUUGGGACUCAGUCGAAAGUGGUCAGGAAUACAACACAUCCAUCAGUGGUGCGAUGUGCCUGUUUUUCUAAAGUCCUGACAUGGUGUAGCAGCAGCCCCACAACCUAUGUGCUCGAGGAGGACGAGCCGUCCUUUCUGGAGGCGAUAGACUACAGCGCAGAGAGCAACGAUGAGGACGCCGAGCCUGAAAUCGAGCACGUCACCGAAGUCCAAGAGAAUCCAGAACAGCUGUCGGACUCUGAGACGAAUCACAGGGACUAACGCUGAGGUGCUUAUCUCCUCUAAACGUGGCAGUUUGAGCGUAUAACCAGCCAGUGAUGGAUUGUCAGCUGAUCUGAAGUGAAAUAUUUGAUAGGUGAAAUAGACAGAAGCCACGCUUCUCACUUUGACUGGUGAAUAAAUAGCUUAGAUUUACACCUGAUCCUAUUAUAUAGACACUUUAUGAUGGUACGUAGCCUACAUUGAGGUGCUCCUUUUCCAGGUGGAUUGAUUUUGUUGGCACAGUGGAGCCAACUGUGUUGCUCAAUGAAUGUUCUCACCUUUCACCGUCACACUUUAACCUUCAUGAACUGUAACCCCUGACCUCAGACACCAUAUAGCCUCUGAGAUUCACUUAUAGCUACCAGAGCAGCAAACAGCAGGCACCGCCGAUCCUUAACUUGAACCCUUGUCCACUCGCGCAUACACUGAAGCUACCUGACGAGGGUGUGGUGGUGUAAUUGAGCCAGUGGCUUCUGUAGGUACUGUUUUUGAACCCCCUCUCACACAUCACCCGGUGUUUGCUGAAAAACUUGUGGUGAUGGAGGGAAACUGGAUCUCCCCCACUGACCAGCUUAGAGAUCCAACCAACCAACCAACCUGCCUUCCUGUUUCCUUUAUCGUUCCUUUCUUUAGUCUCACCCUGCACUUUAACUUUUUACUCCUUUUGGUAACACAUCCUUGUGUCCUUUCUUGCUCGCCUCCUUCUUCCCUCCCUUCCUUCUGACAAGCCAAGGUAGUGUUGUCUUAAUGGGAUGCAGGGAUGACAGGACAGCUUUAUCAUAGCUUAGCCGCAGGUUAAAGAAAUAGUUUAGAUUUAUUUAAGAGGAUUUGUCCAUCCAUAGUCUGUGUAUUACCGACAGUAGACUGCAGUCGGCAUGUCCCUAGUUUUGAGAAGCAGGCAGGAGUACCAGCAUGGAAGCAAAGCUUAAUACUGCUAAGGAUGUGGGCAGCAGCAAAAUGUAUGUUAGCCAUUAAAAAAAUAUAUAUAUCUGUUUAAGUGUAUGCGUCAUUAAAAAAAAAUAAAAAAUACUGCUUUAGCUUGCCAUCAGAUAGCCCUGUUUAAACAAGGGAGAUCUAAAGCUGUUCUCCAUGGAAGUCACCAGUCCCCAUUGAAAUCUGUAAUUUUACCUCGCAGAACUCUGGAGUUGCUGGUCUACCACAGCAUAGAUCAUUUAGUUUGUUUGUUAUUGUGUGACCUUGCUGUUAAAAGGCUUCGUUCACAUAAUUAUGCAAAGAAAUUAACAGAUCCAGAUAGCGGUAGACCGGCACCUCCAGUGUUACGUAAGGUAAAAUUACUGUUUUUGUCAAUGGAGUCUGGUGGCUUUGAUGAGAACACACAUUGGCUUAAUUUCCAUCCCGCAUAAACUUAAACAGGGCUGUCUGACGGCAAGGUAAAGCUGUUAAAACAUGACAAUAUCUAUCUAUCUAUAUAUAUAUAUAUUAUUUAAAAUAAAUGUUGCUGCUGCCCCUGUCCUUAGAGGUACAUCCCAAAUGUCUUAUGUAGAAAAACCUUCUCAGAUGUAACUACACUUGCGAUGUGACCUUACUUUCUCUCUUUAACCCCUUCCUCUUCGGCCGCAGUACACGUGGUCCGAUCGCCCAUGUGCUGUUUGCCUUGCUUUAUCCAAAUCUGAAACUAUUUAUAUCACUCAGAUGUAGAAUGUUCACGUCUUUAUCAAGACAAACCUUGUACUAUAAACGAAAUGCAGAUAUAAACGCACACCACAAAAUAACUAACACAGGUCUGGUUUGAGUUUCUGGGUCACAUACAGCAUUGAAAACAUGAAGCCGGAAUGUAAAAUAUCCACAAGCACUGUCGGUGUUUUCAUCGUUUUUAAGAAUAGACAGUAUUAUAAUGUUAGACAGAGCAGUAACCAACAAGACGCAUGAGCUACAGAGAGCAGAAAACCCUUUUGCACUUUGGAUAAACACUAUACACGCAAAACAAAGAGAAACAAACUGAACGGAACAUCACUUUACACAAUGGCACAGUUUGCAAACCUCCACUUCAGUCACCUCAUAAGUUCUCAGCCCAAAGCUGGUCGUAACAUUGCUGUGAUGUUUUAAAGAAUUAUACUGGAAUUUAGUUUCCUUUUUAUCCGUUCCUCAAAUCUGUGUGUACAUUUUGUGCAUUUGCUGAGGAGAGACCCAUGCAUAAAACAGAUGGUGCUUUGUAUUGAGAGUAUAAAGUAGUUUGUUUGAUUUUUUUUGUUAUUUGUUUAUGGAGAUGAAGUACGAUUCUGUUGCAUUUGUACAGCUGGUGCAUGGCAGUUUUCUGUUGUUUUUAUUUUGUAAUUUAUUAAGUAUUGUUUCUGGGAUGUAAACCUGUAUGUAUAUCAGGCUUUUUGUGUGUGUGUGUGUGUGUGUGUGUGUGUGUGUGUGUGUGUGUGUGUGUGUGUGUGUGUGUGUGUGUGUGUGUGUGUGUGUGUGUGUGUGUGUGUGUGUGUGUGUGUGUGUGUGUGUGUGUGUGCGCAUGUGUGUGUGUGCGCAUGUGUGUGUGUGGGAGUUUUAAGUUAUUCCAUUAUUCAGCUCAGCUAAUGCUCUUACAGUGUGUUUCUUCUUUCAAUUUGAUUAUCCCCUCUCACUCUACUUCACUCCCCCCAAUCAUUUUCUCCCUCUAACCUCUUUCAUGCCCUCUUUUUCUAUCUUUCUCUUGCCUCUUUUUCCUUUCAGAAUUUACUCAUGAACAACUUACAAACCCAGAGUGUGUGUGUGUGUGUGUGUGUGUGUGUGUGUGUGUGUGUGUGUGUGUGUGUGUGUGUGUGUGUGUGUGUGUGUGUGUGUGUGUGUGUGUGUGUGUGUGUGUGUGUGUGUGUGUGUGUGUGUGUGUGUGUGUGUGUGUGUGUGUGUGUGUGUGUGUGUGUGUGUGUGUGUGUGUGUGUGUGUGUGUGUGUGUGUGUGUGUGUGUGUGUGUGUGUGUUAUAUGAUAUGAACUAAUGUUCCUAUGACAGUUGUGUGUGCUGUUAUAUUUAUGUUUGUUCGUUGCAGUUUAUGUCGAGCUACUUUCAUUCAUUUUGAAGGCAACAAGCAAUGAUAGCGACUCAUUUUAAGUUGAUUGUAACGCAGAAAAUUGACUGAAGACAUGGGGAAAUAAAAUGUGAAUGUGGGAAACUG